AUGGCCCCACCAAUGAAGACUGGUAGACGCAACCCCUCUUAUUCUUUCCUGCAGCCGAAUCUGGAUUCCCUUGGGUGUUUAGCAAAGAAGAUUACGCCAGAUGAGACAACCAAUUUCCGAGAAAAAUAUGGGUAUAUUCUGAGCCUUCUCAAGAUGCCGUUCACCAAGUACGAACAGGAGGGAGUUCAUACUUUGCUUCAGUUCUAUAAUCCUUCCCUUCGCUGCUUCACGUUCACCGACUACCUCUUGGUUCCAACAUUAGAAGAGUAUUCCCUAUUUCUUGGCGUUCCUAUAAAUAAGGAAGUACCAUACUAUGGCACCAUGAAGGCCCCUGAUUCCAUUGAAAUUGCUAAGGCUCUUUAUUUGAGCAAGUCAGUCGUGGAAGCAAAUCUCACUAAGAAGGGAGGAGGUCUUGGUUUUUGCAUGGAGUUUCUGGUCAAAAGGGGUUGUGAGGCUGCUGAAGCAAAGGAAUGGGACACAUUUAGGGCUAUCCUGGCUCUAAGUAUCUAUGGUAUCAUGAUGUCACAUUUGCCUGAGCGUGGCGCUUUCGUUGAUAAUAGGCACACAUCUAAGUGGGCUGAGAGGAUUAUGGGGCUUAGGGCCAAAGAUAUUGUCUGGCACAACAGAUCUUUAGAUGACAUGGAAGUUAUUAUGAGUUGCGGAAAGUUCAAAAAUGUACCUCUCAUGGCUCUCAGAGGUGGAAUCAACUAUAAUCCCGUCCUGGCUAGGAGAACAUUUGGAUAUGCUUUUAUCAGUCCCCCUGAGCAGACAGAAAUUGCUGAGAAUAUUUUCUAUCAUUCAGCCACCGAUAGUGGGCAGAUGGCAGAAGCUGUACAAGCUUAG